AUGGCGGAAUCGCACUCCCGCUAUACGGACGAGGCCAACGAGGCUCUGGAUCCGGAGCUUCUGUACACGAAGGAAUACUGCAUUGGCGGUGGUAGCUUUGGCAAGGUGUUCAAGGGAUGGGCGGCGACACACAAGACGGAAGAUGAGGACUCUUGGGAUAUCCCCGAGAGCGCACCUCCCGAGCGGACGCGGGUAAAUGAAGACAUGUGGGACUUUGGCACUGUCAGGCUUGUCAAUGAUCGUGGUGGUGUUGUCAACCGGCCGAGUAAGCUCAAUCCGCUCGGUGCAAGUGCUACUAACACAAGAGCCACGCGGUCUUCUGAAAACUCGGACGAUUACGGCGAAAGGCGGCGCGAACCAUCAAGCCCAACAAAGCUGAGACCAGAACAUGUCCUUCAGCCCAGUGAUACUCUCAAAGCGGCCAAUGCAUCCAGCGCGGGAACAUCGCGGCAAACGAGCCCUCAGCGCAAACCGAUCCCUCACGCGGUACAGCAGCGCGGAUUUGUGUCGAAAGCAGCUCCUGCACCCCCUAGCCCCGUCGUAAAGACCUCGAGCUGGGACUUCUCAGGUGCCACACCAAAGGCUCCAAAGAUUGUCCCAGUGCCAGUGAUGGCCCCGGCGCCAGAGCCUCCCUCGCCAGAUUAUGACCGAGAAUUGCAGGCUCAGCUGCAGCGCGAUAUGGGAAUUCUGAAUCUGAAUAUAGAGUUGCCCGACCCUGUACCAACACCCUCGCCUCCUCCCCCUGCAGCUCCGGUGCAUCGAGUCAUUUCCAUACCUCCCGGGUUUGAGAGACCAGUACCGCCAGCUCAUGGCGUUUCACCUCGAUCAACGAGCACAAAGUUGACGCAUUACGAUGUGCCGGAAAUCCCCCCUUAUAGAGGCCCGUCCCCUAAGCCACCGCCGCCUCAGGCUACCGUUGAAAAGCGAACGGUGACACCGGUCAUUGCGCAGACCUCAGCGUCUAGAGUAUCUGCUUCAUCGCCCAAGAAUACAGAAAAGCGAACGGUAACGCCGGUUCUGGCACAUACUUCGGCGUCCAGAGUAUCUAACUCAUCGCCUAAGAAUACUGAAAAGAGGACGGUGACACCGGUUAUGGCUCAUACUUCGGCAUCCAGAGUGCCUGCUGCGUCGACAGCUGCGCCUCCGGUUGCGCAUGGGCAUGGGCAUGGGCCAUCGGCAUCAGUAUCGUCGUUGCGAUCACAGGGAAAUUCCUCAGGAAUGUUGGAUAACUUUCCUUCGCCCCCAGCUGCGAAUCCAAACGGGGAACUUGACGCCCUCAACGACGUCAUCUUUCCCGCCCUGGAGGAGGCACUCAAGAGACGGCAGAUUCGCCUUCAACAGAUGUAUAGGUCUGUGCAGAAAGGCUCUACAAUGUCGUCCAAACAGCAGCGAGCCGAGGCUUCUCAUGAGAAAGUUCGUAAACUUGUCUAUAAGCUAGCACAUGUUUGCAAGGAGAUUGAUUACCACGACAAAGCUGAGCCUGUAGGUAUGGGCCGUGACGUGGGCAACUUUUUGGAGGGGCUGCUUGAGGAGAUUUUGGUUCGAGUCGAGCCGUUGGAUGAGGAAGAGGUGUAG